AUGGCUGCGAUUAUAACGGAGCACACGGUAGCGGAUCUCGUGCGGAGCAAGCUUGGCCUCGUCGAAUUCCCUGAGUCCGCGAGUGUCGGCGAGGCAAUCGAGGCCCUGGUGCGAGAGGACCUCGUAGCAGCUCCCGUUUACUCCACUGCUCCCCAUGCUGCUGCGGUAUGCUUCCCUCUUUUCUUCUCCCUGACGUUCGGCUCCCCUGCUCGCUCCAUUCUCUCCCUGCCAGAUGACUCGUCCCUCCCGCCUCCCCUCCUGUUUCCCCUCGUCUCUCCUUCCCGUUUCCCCUCGUCUCUCCUUCCCGUUUCCCCUCGUCUCUCCUUCCCGUUUCCCGUCGUCUCUCCUUCCCGUUUCCCCCAUCCUUCCCCUCUCUCCUGUUCCGCUUCCUCCAGACGCCCGGCUCCCCUGCUCGCUCCAUUCUCUCCCCACCUGACAACUUCCUCCCUUCCCUCCUCCCUUCCCUCCCUUCCCUCCUCCCCUCCUGUUUUUCCCUUUUUCCUUCCCGUUACUACCUGCUCUCUUCCCCUGUUUCCGUUCCAUCAGGCGCUCGGCUCCCUGGCUCGCUCCAUCCUCUCCCUGCCGGACGACUCUGACGCGCUGUCGCUUACCGCAGCAGCUAAUAAGGCGUACAUUGGGACUGUCACCAUGGUGGACCUGCUGCUACACCUGGUGCGGGCAAGCGAGGAAGGGCUGUCGCUGCUGCUCACUGACUUGAACGCACCCAUCCACAGCAUCAUGCGACCCAUGGCGCAGGGAGUGCAGCGCCUGAUCGUUCCCAUCCACACCCGCCCCAGCUCUUCUCUCCCCUCCGUUCUCUCCUCGCAAGGCCCUGCACCUGCAGCAGCACCCACCCCUCCCCUCCCUCCUCUCUGGCCUCCUCUCCUCCUUCCUCCCCUCCCACCCACGCCCCUGCUUCUCCCUCUCAGUCGUCCUCCUCCUCUCUCCACUCUCUCACUUCGAGCUCCUCCUCCCUCUUCUCCCACCCCUCCUUCACCUCCCGCUCCCUCACUCCCUCCACCACCACUACAACACUCCCCACCUCCCCUCACUCUCUCUCCUCCACCCCCUCUCAGCACCCUCACACACCCCUCGCUUCUAGCGUCGCCUCUCUCUCGUUAG